ACCACCGAAAAAAAUACAAAGAGAAGAAUAUUAUAGAAAGAGAGCAGCAUAUUUUCAUUCAUAUUGUUCAAUGAAAAAGAAAGAAAGAAUCACUUGGCUUGAAUUCUUUUUCUCUUUCGACCUCGAAUCUAACUUCGAUCAAGAAUUUUUUUUUUUGAAGUGAACAAAAUAACAUCAGCAUUCUUUCUGUUUUUCAUCACUAGUCUGUCAUUCAUCAUCGACCUUAUAAACUGUUUUUGUUGUUGUUUUUUUAAAAAUUGUUCCAAUUACGAAAUUACGAAAAUAUUCAAUUCGACCACCACCGAUUGAUCAGUGAUCAACAGAAACAGCGAAGAUGGAUCCGAUUAUAUUUUUGGAUCUAGCUAAUGAGCUUACACAGCUCAAAAUGUAUCCAUAUUUUGAUGUUGCACAUUUUAUUGUUACUGGUUUAUAUCUACGUGAUGAUCUAUCAACAGGAUGUCAUGUAUUUUCAAGAAAACAUCCAUUUGCUUGUUGGAUUUCAUUCAUGUUAUCAGCAUUUGCUGGUAAUAUUUUAUCUGCAUUUUUGCUUGGUGAACCAAUUGUUUCGGCAUUUAAAAGUACAAAUCAUGUUAUAUUGGCCACGGCUGUUUGGUAUAUCAUAUUCUAUUCACCGUUUGAUUUUGUUUAUAAAUUAAUCAAAUUUUUACCUUGUAAAUUGGCAAUAAUUAUAAUGAAAGAAAUUAUUCGUUGUAAAAAAAUUAAUGAUGGUGUUAAUCAUGCAGCUAGUCUUUAUCCAAAUUCCUAUAUAAUAAUGAUUAUUAUUGGUACGGUUAAAGGAAAUGGUAGUUCAUUUUCAAAAUUAUUGGAACGUUGUAUUCGUGGUGUUUGGACACCGACAGCUGUUGAAUUUAUGUCACCAUCUUUUGCAACCAAAGCAUCGAUUUGUGCUUCAGCAAUUUUCAUUUUGGAUAAAAAAACCGAUUUAAUUUCUGCACCACAUUCAUUAGUCUAUCUUGGUGUUGUUAUAUUUUUUAUCUAUUUUAAAUUAUCAUCCGUUUUGCUUGGUAUUCAUGAUCCAUUUUUACCAUUUGAAAAUCUAUUCUGUGCAUUAUGUUUUGGUGGUAUUUGGGAUUCACUUUCUGAUUUUUUAACCUCUAAAAAUUCAUCAGAAAAUGGUACCAUCAAAGCUGAUCUUAGUAAAAAUGGCAAAGCUGAAAUUCGUAAAAAAGAUUGAAUUUCUUCAAAACUAUUUAUUUUCUCACUAUAACUACAUCAAUUGAUUUGUAAAUUAAUUUAUUAUUAUCAAAUUUUUUCCUGUGUGUAUCCAAUUUGUAAUCUGUGUGUAUCCUGUAAUUCU